AUGGCCUUGCCGGCGAUCCCCGACGAGCUCCUGGUGGAAAUCCUCCUCCGCCUCCCCACCGCAGCCGACCUCAUCCGCGCCUCGGCCGCCUGCGUCUCCUUCCGCCGCCUAAUCGCCGGCCGCUCCUUCACCCGUCGCUUCCGCAAGCUCCACCCGCCGCCCCUUCUCGGCUUCCUCGACACAGGGCGGCUUCGCUUCCACCCCGCCGUCCCGCCUCACCCCUCCGCGCCCGCGGCCAGGGCCGUCGCCAGCGCCGCCGACUUCUCCUUCGACUUCCUCCCCUCCCCUUGCUCCUCUCGGCCCUGGUCCGUGCAGGAUGUGCUUGACGGCCGCGUACUCCUCGAAAGGCCCCGCCCCCGCCGUCGCGAAUCUCCCUCCAAUGAGAUGGUCGUGUGCGACCCCUUGCACCGGCACUAUCUCUUGCUUCCCCGGAUCCCCGAUGACCUAGCCGCUUCGGUUGUCCACGCACAAGGGUUCUGCUACGAAGACUCCUGCCUCGUCCCUUCCGGCGACCACGAGGAGGCAGCUGCGACGGACGAGGCUUCAUUCAGGGUGAUCUGGAUGAUGCUGCUCCCAACUAAGCCGGUGAUCUUUGUCUUCUGCUCGGGCACAGGGCAAUGGCGAACAGUUCCAUCACUGACUUGGAGCGAGAUGUCGCCUGGCUUUGUGUUAUCGACACAUGUGUUUUCUUUCCUGAGGCGCCUUUACGCCCAUGGCUGUUUCUACUGGACUUCAUGCUCCACCGAGAAAUUCCUCGCGCUCGACAUCAGGAGGAUGGAGUUCUCCGUGGCUGUCCACCCACCCUGUGAAAGAAAACCGGGUGAGAAUGUGGUGAUCGCGGAGGCAGACCAAGGCAUGAUUCUCAUGUUUGUGCCUAAGCCUAACACGUCUCCCGUUAUUUAUACUGUUUGGCGAAACAAUGGUGGGAGGUUCACCCAGUGGCAGAUGGAGAAGCCAAUCACGCUGGAUUCUGGGUCCGGCCUCAUGGGUGCAGCGGGGGAGGCAUUUGCUCCUAUAUUAUUGCGGAACCUCGUCGGUCGGCCGAAGUUGUUUCACGCGGGACGUUAA